GUGACUGUAGGAGAGACACGGGCUGCAGCUGACCAGAAUGUGGUUCUUGCUCCUGGUGGUCGCUGCGUGCUGCUCGCACCUCGUCAUCUACUCUUCGGGGGCGCCUAAAAUCAAUGAAGACCCCUGUUUUCCCUGCGGGAACCUGACGGAGUGCGUCCCGCGGAGUCAACACUGCGACAACAGAACGGACUGUAGUAACGGGGCAGAUGAAGAGAACUGUCACGCGUCGAUGCAUAAGUUUCUGUAUGAAAAUGAGCUGACUGUCGUCAGGAACAAGUCUUUCGCAUUAUUCACACACUUGGAGAAACUGAACCUGGAAAUGAAUCUCAUCAGUACAAUCGAAGCGGACGCCUUCGUUGGACUUCACAACCUUACACAGCUGUAUUUAGACUACAACCGCCUACAAACAUUGGAGCCGGGUGUCUUCAGAGAUCUCGCCAAGUUAAAGUGGCUAUACCUUAACCACAACCAACUUCGAGUUCUCAACUCCAAGGCGUUUUACGGACUUCGCAGUCUUGAGUUGCUGGAGUUGAGACUGAAUCACAUCCACGCAGUGGUCGGAGAGGGGAUUUGGAACAACAUGCCUUUGCUUGAAUAUCUCGUCGUGAGGAACAACUCGAUCGAGGUCAUCGCUGCCCGUGACCUGGCCGAGCUCACACAAAUAGACGGACUUGACUUGUCAGAGAACAAGAUAGUGAAGUUUCCAAGUGGAGUCUUCAGAAAUCUGUCAGUCCUAGAAAAGCUGAACAUCUCCUUCAAUCCACUGCAGGUCUUACAAUGGGACCUGUUUGACGGGUUGGAAAAGCUGGGAUCUUUGGAUCUGAGGGGAAUCAUGGCCCAAAACAUGUCAUUACGACUGUUCCGGCCCCUGCGCAAGUUAGAGUACAUUUACUUCAGCCAGUUCCGAUACUGCGGGUUCGCCCCGCGCGUGCGCAGAUGCACACCCAACACGGACGGCUUCUCAACUUUCGAGAACCUGCUGGCGAACUUCGUCCUGCGCAUGUCCGUUUGGGUGGUCGCCAUAGUAACCUGCGUGGGCAACACGAGCGUGAUGAUCGGACGGUCGAUCAUGAAGCACGAGAACAAAGUUCACUCUCUCUUCAUCAGGAAUCUGUGUGCCUCUGAUCUGAUCAUGGGCAUAUAUUUGCUCGUGAUUGGAAGUAAAGACUUCAUGUACCGCAACGCCUACAACAAGUACUCGCAGCAAUGGAAGGAGAGUCUGGGCUGCCAGAUCACCGGGUUCCUGGGCAUGCUGUCCGCCGAGGUGACGGUGCUGCUGCUGACCUACAUGUCCGUGGAGAGGUUCCUGUGCGUGGUGUUCCCGUACCGGGACAGCCGGCCGAACGUCGGGCAGGCGGUGGGGAUCCUGGUCGUCAUCUGGCUCAGCGGCGUGGCGCUGUCCCUGGUGCCGGUGAUGUCGCCGGGCUACUUCGGCAACUUCUACGGCAGCAACGGCGUGUGCUUCCCGCUGCACCUGCACGAGCCGCACGGCGCCGGCUGGGAGUACAGCGCCUUCGUGUUCAUGGGCCUCAACUUCGUGUCGAUGAUCGUGAUCCUGUGCGCCUACACCGGGAUGUUCAUCUCCAUCCAGCGCACGCGGCGGUCCAUCGGCUCGCCGCUCUCCCUGCUCAGCGACAUGUCCUUCUCCAAGAGGUUCUUCUUCAUCGUGCUGACGGACUCGCUGGUCUGGCUGCCCAUCACCGUCAUCAAGUUCGCCGCACUGCUGGGGCUGCCGAUCUCAGGUUCCAUGUACGCCUGGAUCGUGAUCUUCAUCCUGCCGAUUAACAGCGCCAUCAACCCCAUCCUGUACUCCCUCACCACACGGACCUUCACCAACAUGCUCGGCAACCUGGUGGAGAAGAGCCCGUGCUGCGCCAGGAAAACCAAGUCUGGGAGACUGCGGCAACACAAGGACGAAGCCUUUUCCGGUGCCACAUACACAACUGGCGUGACGUCUGUUCUUCGACCGGUGAAAUGUUUCAAAGUGAAACGGUCGUCGGAAACGGAGUUCUCGAUGUCCGCCGUGUCGACGCCGACCUACUCCGAGAGCAACACGACCAAAGCGUUCGUCAGCACCAUAGAGACCCCUGACGUCAUACACAGAAGCUCCACUCUCAACAGCGUGCCGGAAAUACCCUCGCUGGAAAUCUCCGGAAUAGAUUCCGAGACUCCUCUUGUUACCUAA